AUGACUGGAAAAGUCUGGCUCAUCACUGGAGGCAGCUCUGGCAUUGGCCUUGCUCUUUCUGAGUACGUUUUGUCUCAGGGUGACAAUGUCAUUGCGACAGUACGCUCCCUGUCAAAGUUUUCUGAAAGUCUCAAAACCGCAGGGGCAAAACCGUUACUGCUCAACCUCAAUGGCUCCGAUGCGGAGAUCCGCAAAGCCGGCGAGGACGCCCUGAAGAUUUAUGGCCGCAUAGACGUGCUCGUCAACAACGCUGGGUAUGGUGUGAUUGCACCAAUAGAAGAACUAAACCUGGACGAGCUCCGCGCACAAUUCCAAACGAACGUCUUCGGCGCACUUGCUCUAACGCAGGCGCUGUUGCCGUCGUUCCGCGCCCAAAAGUCGGGGCACAUCCUCAAUGUCACCUCUAUUGCUGCGCUCGUCGGCUUCGCGUCCUGGAGCGCGUACAACGCGUCGAAGGCUGCGCUCGAGUCCUUCUCCGAGGCCCUGAGCCAGGAAGUCGCGCCGUACAACAUCCGCGUGCUCAUCAUCUCCCCGGGAUACUUCUCUACGCAGUUUUUCCAGGCGUCUGCGCAGCUGACGGACGACAAGAAGUCGAAGGUGUACACGGACGAGUCGCAGGGCUGGGGCUCGAUUGAGCGGAUCCCACGAGCGCACGUUGCGCAGCGGCAGAUCGGCGACGUCGUCAAGCUGGCGCAGCGAGUGUACGAGGUCGUGCAUGGCACGGGCAUGGCGCAGCACCUCGUGGAGGGACAGGGCGGGAAACGCGAGUGGUUGCGCGUGCCGCUAGGCCCUGACUGCGGAGAAAGAUUAUUACAAAAGAUCGCCAGCCUGGAGGAGAAUGUGCGAGCGUUUGAGCCUAUCUGGAGGUCGACGGACGUAGAGCCGGAAAGGCUGCAGUUCUUUCCCCGUGGGUGA